AUGACUGGAGCUGAGCACGCCAAGUACACUAAUCGAUUUGAAGAAUUGUCUAGGCUUGUCCCGCAUCUAGUGACACCGGACUCCAAGGGUAUCCAGAAGUACAUCUCGGGCUUGAUUCCUCAGAUUAGAUUGACUAUGGCAGGGACAACUCCUGCUACUAUGAAUGAAGCAGUGUUGAGAUUAAAGGCUAUUACUGACGAGUUGGGGUUUGGUCAUCUUGCUAGAAAUUGUAGAGCACCACGAGUACAAGCAGCCCCACUGAAUGUUGCACCGUUGAAUUCCAUCCCACCUAAUGCCAGAAAUCUUCAAGGUAACCGAGGAACUUGUUAUGAAUGUGGGAGCACUGACCACUACCGUAACACAUGGCCCCGACUUAACCGACAGCCAGCCCCAGCAACAGUGAACCGUAACCAGCUGCAGAUUGUCGGUCCACCUCAACCAAGAGCAAACCAAGGUCAGCAAGCCAGAGGUCGAGUCUUUUCCCUAAAUGUUGUGGAAGCUGCACAUGAUCCCAAUGUCGUCACUGGUACAUUUCUUAUGAACGAUCAUGUUGCUACUGUAUUAUUCGAUUCUGGAGCCGACUAUAGCUUUAUGUCCACUAACUUUCUGUGUAUCUUAAAUGCGCCAACCUGUUACUUGCAUGCUUGUUACGAGAUUGAGGUAGCUAGUGGUAAACUAGCUAGGCUAGACAGGGUAGUGCCUAAGUGUGUACUUACUUUAGAGGGCUACUCGUUCUAUAUUGAUCUGAUUCCUUUCGGAAUGGGUAGUUUUGACGUUAUCGAUGGGAUGGAUUGGUUGUCCCGUGUGGAUGCAUCCAUCGUAUGCCGCGCUAAAAUCCUUAGGAUACCUAUGAGCGACGGUCAUGUGUUAGAAAUUCAUGGCGAACGAACAGAAACUAUUGGCCGACACCUUAAGAGUGCUACCGAUAAGGUAGCCAAGAUUACUGACAUUCCUAUCGUAUGUGACUUUCCCGAUGUUUUUCCCGAUGAUGUAGUGGGAUUACCCCCACCUAGACAAGUCAAGUUUCGCAUUGAUCUAGUACCUGACGCUAUGCCAAUAGCGAAAACACCGUACCGUUUGGCUCCUUCCGAAUUGCAAGAAUUAGCAACACAAUUGCAAGAAUUACAAGAUAAGGAAUUCAUUCGACCGAGUUUUUCGCCUUGGGGUGCACCGAUAUUAUUUGUUAAAAAGAAGGAUGGGUCGUUUCGUAUGUGCGUUGAUUACCGCGAGCUGAACAAAUUAACCGUUAAGAACCGUUAUCCUUUGCCACGUAUUGAUGAUUUGUUCGAUCAGUUGCAAGGCGCCAAGUACUUCUCUAAGAUCGAUCUUCGUUCGGGCUAUCAUCAGUUAAGACUACGCGAAGAGGACAUACCAAAGACGGCCGUCAGCACAAGAUAUGGGCAUUUUGAGUUUUUGGUAAUGCCAUUUGGAUUGACAAAUGCGCCUGCUGUUUUCAUGGAUCUCAUGAACCGCGUAUGUAAGCCGUACCUAGAUGAUUUCAUCAUUGUAUUCAUCGACGACAUCCUCAUAUACUCAAAGACUAAGAAAGAGCACGAAGUGCAUCUAAGACAAGCCUUGGAGCUUCUGAGAACUGAAAAGUUGUAUGGAAAAUUCUCAAAAUGUGAAUUUUAG